GCAGCUAAGCACUUAGCUUAAUUUAUGCAUCGUGAGGCCUGCACAUUUCCAAAUUUUCAUAUUAUUUUGCUACAAAUUAUACACGAGUUAUUCCCCUUUAUAACUUAUAUUUCCAUACAUACUUAUCUGCCCCUGUCAAGCAGCUAGGAAUUAUGGGUAGCAGCUUUCGACGCGCGCCAUUAAAAAAUUGUCAACAACGUUUUGUAAUUUGAAAUAUUCUACUAAUUUCCUGAGUUCCUUUGGCCUUCACACUUAAGAUCAAUCAGAAAAAUACGUUUGAAGGACCUGCAGAGCAGAAGAACGUCCCAGCGACGCUUCGGACGGGGUUUUUUGAGCACUAGUCUCAAUUUAAGGAAAAAAUCACUGGCACAUCGAACUCAGGCUAAGUACAUGUGACAUUUAAAUAUAAGCAUGGCUAACUCGACCCCACGCGUGUUGAUUUUGGGUCAUAGUUUUGUGCGUAGACUUUUUGAUUAUGUGCAUGAUCAUAAUUUGGAGACAUUUAACCUCUCUCAAUGCAUUGUGAACGGUUUGGGGAUUAGCGGAGCAACGGUGGACAAGUUAAAAUCUAAUGUGUCUGUCCAACGGAAGAUAAACUCUUUUCAACCGCACAUUAUUAUACUGCAGAUCGGCGGUAAUUGUUUGUGCACUGACUCUAUUCGCCCCGAUCAACUGGCCUAUACGAUUUUUGAUUUCGCCAAACACUUGCAAGAAAGUUAUAAAUGUGAUGUUUAUGCAUGUGAAGUGUUCCCCAGACCACGGCCUCGAGGCAUGAGCCCGAGUCAAUAUGAAUCACGCAGAGUCGCAACCAAUAAGGCACUGCAUGUUUUGCUAACCGAACAGGAGCAUGUGUAUAUUUGGCCACAUCGUCGAAUUUUUAAUAGCCCACUGGAUCUUUUUCUGCGAGAUGGGUGUCAUCUCACUGGUAACGGCAAUAAAAAAUUCUUUCGGAGUCUUCGCCUUGCCAUCAUGCAUGCCUGUCGACAGUUGUCACAGGACACUGACCACCAAUAUGCCUAAACGGAAACCGGCAACUGGUGGGUCUACCAACCCCACUGCCAGGAAACGGAAGCAAUCAAACAUGCAAAGCCCUGCCCCUCCCUCUGGUACCGUCGACGUCGCAUCCAGCAUUGUGUCAUCCAGCGUUUUGCCGCAAAGUGUUGCCCCACCCAGCGUGGGACCCCAAAAUAUGGUGCCAUCCACUGUUGGACCACCUAUUGCUGCGCCAACUGCCAUUGGACCACCCAGCCAGACAUUAAAUAUUGUAGAUCUAGCUGCGAUGGUAUCAAAAACUGUCACAGAAGCAGUGUUGACAGCGCUGCAGACAGCAAAUAAUUCUUCAGCCGGCAGUAUGUCCUUAGGACAUCAACCUGCACAGCCACAACAGCAACAUAACUCUUCUGGGACAGUGACUGUUAGUGUUCCUUCGGCAGCCUUAGGUGCGCCAGACCAGGUACAGGCAACAGAUAGCAGAGUUCCGGAAGAAUGCUCCUUGGAUGAAUGCCCUCCCAACAACAGUGCCGCCAAGGUAUCUGCCACAGACCUUUCUCGAGGAAUUGAAGAACUUUUAAGUUCAUCCCUUGCACCCUCAAGCAAGGCAACAUACUCAAAAGCUUGGUCAACAUUCGUUUCUUUUGCUGCCAGCUCAGGCUUUAAGCCGGACAGUGUUUCUGUUGAUUCAUCCCAUAUAGCUCUUUUCAUUUCUGAGCUACAUUCCAGGAAAUUUGCACCAAAAACCAUUUCCACAUAUGUAUCAGCGGUUGCAUAUGUCCAUAAAUUGCUCCAUAACCAGGAUCCAACUGACUCUUUUUUAGUUAAGAAGUUGAUUUGUGGAGCACACCGUAUUGCUCCAUCUAGUGAUACCAGAUUGCCAUUUGAUAAUGUCCUGGUGGACAAAAUGGUGAGCGGUUUGGAAUUUGUGACCAAAACGCCGUUUGAAUUGGUUCUUUUCCGUGCCAUGUUUUUAUUUGCUUUUAAUGCAUUUGCAAGAAUUGGUGAAAUUGCCAAAACAGGAAAUCAACAUAAUCUUGUACAGUUUCAGAAUGUACAUGUCAGUUCCUCUUCCAGUAUGACUCAAGAGGUGGUUGUGAAUUUCUACGAGUUCAAACACAACACUGACAAAAAGCGGCACACCGUCAGUUUCAGUCAUGGGCCUACACAGUAUUCAGCUGUCACCGCAUUGACAGAUUAUCUUGUCUAUAGAGGUCAAUCGCACGGUCCUCUCUUUCGAUAUUUAAAUGAAAAAUCUGUAACACGACAGCAUUUUGACAAAAUUUUGCAUGCGGUUCUCAAUUAUUGCAACAUAGAUUCCCGGUUUUAUAAAGGACACAGUUUUCGGCUUGGGGCAGCUUCCUAUGCCGCCCUGCACCUCCAUUACUCUGAUGCUAAAAUCCGCACUCUUGGCCGUUGGAAUAGCAAUGCUUUCAAAAAAUACAUUCGUUUGCCCCAUGCAGAGUAAUAUCUCUGACAAUUUAUACUACCCACCUGUUGCCUUCUAGUAUGAUGCGGACAUAAUAAUUUGAUCUUUAAAUGACAUCUUGUGAGCAUAAGGGCAACUAAAGACAUGUUGCAUACAGUAGUUGAGGCUUGCUUGAGCCGGCCUCACGCGUUCUGCAUUUUUAUACAUGUGUAGCUUCAUAUAUCAGACUCAGCUGGGUUUUAUAUUUGUUAUUUGAACAUAUUGUUUUAUUAUAUUGUUUUAUUACACUUGCUUGUUGAAAAGCAUACUAAUGUUUGAGGCUUGCUUGAGCCGGUCUCAUUCAUUUCUUUUCAAGGACAAGCUGUCCUCAUAUGAUUGGUGUCACUGACUCUGUUCAAAGAGAAAUAUAAUUCGACAUUACCACAAGUGUUAGUUAUCGCAUUGUGCUGUUUAAUAUUUCUAGAGUAGCAUUUUGCAAAUGCGAGGCUUGCUUGAGCCGGUCUCACGUUUUCUGCAUUUUAUACAUGUCUAGCUUCUUAUAUCGGUCUCAGCUGGGUUUUAUAUUUGUGAUUUGAAUAUUGUUUUAUUAUAUUGUUUUAUUACACUUGCUUGUUGAAGAGCAUACUAAUGUUUGAGGCUUGCUUGAGCCGGUCUCAUUCAUUUCUUUUCAAGGACAAGCUGUCCUCAUAUGAUUGGUGUCACUGACUCUGUUCAGAGAGAAAUAUAAUUUGACAUUACCACAAGAGUUAGUUAUUGCAUGGUGUUGUUGGAGAUUUCUAGGGUAGUUUUGCAAAUGAAAGGCUUGCUUGAGCCGGUCUGCGUGUUCCCUUGUAGGGUAGACAAUUGAUAGGUACAUUAUAUAUGACAUGAACAUGACAUAUACUUUUAUAAUUAUGUGUAGGCUCCAGAUUUCAGUUUCUUCUGUUUUGAGGCUUGCUUGAGCUGGCUUCUUUAAUUUUAUCCAUAAAAGAUAUUUCUUGUAUCUUUAUACUUAUAGCCGUCAUACAUCAUGAUUUUUGUUCUUUGUUUUGGAAAUUUUGUUUUAUUUGGCAAUCUUAUAUCUCUGUGUGUUUAGCUUAAGGCGAGCAUUCUGCUCUCUCUGUUUUACCAUUAUCUGUAUAGCAUAACAAUAAAUAUAGCCAUUGUGGGGAAACCAGCAGUGUUUCACAGGCUGGUUUUGUGGCGGAGUUUGGCAACCCCCACACAGGCUUUUGUUGUAAUUGACUACCAUUGUCAUUUUUAGAUGUUUAUUUUUGGACGGUUUUUAAUUAUUGUGUUAUGCUAUGUUAAUUUUGUAUUGUUAAUUUGUAAUAUGUUUAGAAUUGAUAUUAAAUGUCACCAUAUGCCAUAUAUGGUGGCCAUUUUCAAUCUAUACAUUCUUUGUGUUGUCUGUGACAGGACCGAAGAUGCAUAAAGGGCAGCUAAGCACUUCGCUUAAUUUAUGCAUCGUGAGGCCUGCACAUUUCCAAAUUUUCAUAUUAUUUUGCUACAAAUUAUACACGAGUUAUUCCCCUUUAUAACUUAUAUUUCCAUACAUACUUAUCUGCCCCUGUCAAGCAGCUAGGAAUUAUGGGUAGCAGCUUUCGACGCGCGCCAUUAAAAAAUUGUCAACAAAGUUUUGUAAUUUGAAAUAUUCUACUAAUUUCCUGAGUUCCUUUGGCCUUCACACUUAACCCACCCACUUCCUCCCCUGAUUCUUUUAUCUUCUUAUUUUAUGUUUACUAUAUUGAAUGAUGUUUCACAUGCCUGUUUUUAAGGCGGCGGAGUUUGGCAACCCCCACACAGGCUUUUGUUGUAAUUGACUACCAUUGUCAUUUUUAGAUGUUUAUUUUUGGACGGUUUUUAAUUAUUGUGUUAUGCUAUGUUAAUUUUGUAUUGUUAAUUUGUAAUAUGUUUAGAAUUGAUAUUAAAUGUCACCAUAUGCCAUAUAUGGUGGCCAUUUUCAAUCUAUACAUUCUUUGUGUUGUCUGUGACAGGACCGAAGAUG